AUGGCGGCAAGGGAGAUAAGUGCAAAGGACAGAAACCUCACGGAAAAGGUUUAUUUUGAAAUAACGCCGCCGUCUUCUGAUAGCGGAGCUCGUGAUUUGUGUGAUAUCGUGACAUCGCAGAGUCUUCAGGAGGAGGGCGGUGUCAGCAAGGUCGGAGUCGACAGGAGGUCCAGAGGAUGGAUGUCCAGAGGAGGAAGUGUCGCGUGUUUAAAUCCCGCUCAGGCAACAAGCCUGUUACCGCGGCGAACACUGGACGACGCCAUGUUUAAGCAGGGCAGCUCGACGCGGCUGCUGCGGAGCCAAUCGUGUCCUGAGAUCCCUUGUCUCCGCCCCUGGAUACGCCCUGGACACCGCACUUCCACUCGCCCCCACGCAGCCGCUCCCAGCCUCCGCAGCAGCAGCACUCCGCCCCUCUCAGCCUCUCCUCCUCUUCUUCCUCUUCGCUCGUUCAUCACUUCCACCGCUCGUCUCGUCGGGCCUCGCCGCCACACCGUCUGCAGUGUGGAGGUGGAGCGGGAGAUCGCCCCUCUGUGUCUGCGCAAAGAGGUGUACCCAGCCCGCAGGUCCCCGUCCCCCUACGACCCACAGCACCUCUCCCCAAUGAGGGCGCUCUCUCCUGGGGCCUCUCUGUCUGCACUCGCCUCUGGAUUCCUCUCCAGUCCCCUCGCCUUCCUGUCCAAAAGGUCAGAGGGCAGUCCACUCCGAGCUCUGUCCCCAAGUGCUCCCAUCCUCCGCUCCCUCUCCCCAGCCCCCUCUUCCCUCCAUUCCCUCUCCCCAGCCCCCUCCUCCUCCUCUGCCCCCUCUCUCUCCUCUCUCCUGGGCACAUCUCUGGGGCAGCUCCCUGGGUUCCACCUCCGGACUGAUACUCUGCUCAACGCAUCGUCGGACUCCAGCACCAGUGGAGUGUCUUUACUCGUAUGUGUCCCCGAGGUGUCUCACCCUGAAGAGGAUGAGGACACAAGCUCGUCCAGCCCCGAGUCCGAGGAGCUGAGAGAAGAGACGGCCCACUCGGACUCAGAGAUAAAGGUGAAGAAGGCUGAGGGUCAGAGGAAAGUGUCGUCCAUAAAGAUCCGGAAAGCUCUCCCCAAACCUCAGAACAACCUCACACCUAUGGGCCUCCCCAGAGCAGUCAGAGUGAAGAAGAAGGAGUUCAGCCUGGAGGAGAUCUACACCAACAAGAACUUCAGCAAACCCCCGGAAAGUCGUUUGGAGACGAUCUUCGAGGCUCCUCUGAGUCGUAAGAACGGUGCCGAGGCCUGGUGCGGGCAGAAGCGGCUCAAACGAUUUCUCGAAUUCCCGGAGCUUGGAGAAUCACGGAGACCCAAGAAACCUCUGGUGGGAGCAGCUAAAGCCAACGCUGCCAACUCCAGGAAACGCCGCAGCACUAGGGAAGACCCAGUGCUGGUAUCUGACCCGGACUCUCUGCUCUGUGCCAAACUGGAGCAGCUUGCCUCGUGGCUCGCCCAGAACUACAGUUGACCAUGAGAUGAACCGGCAGAGGAAACGCCAGAGGAACCGAGAAUAAACGAGAGUCCAGUGAGUUAUUUAUACAUGUAACUGCUGCGGUCGGAUGCCACAGCAGCGGGCAGCACGUUUGGGAGAAGUUUUGAACGUUUUAAUAAUGGAUUCUGUGUCGUAAAUCUGAGUGUUUGGCGUCUGAGCGUAGCCUUGUUUUGAAUAAUCGUAUUUUCAGAUCCGCUCCAAUGAAAAGCACUUGGAGGAGGGUGGAGUCUAGGCUGUGUUCACACAUACACAAGAUGGACCUGAAGCGGGACUAAAUCUGGACUAAAAAUCUAAACAAAAGUCUACAUCAGAACUAAACUGGUGUAAGUGUGAACGCAGCCUGUAUCACUAAACCGUCCCAUUCUGUACUGAGGAGGUCCAUCCAAAGUCCACUUUUCACAAACUGCCUGUGUUCAUGGUUUCAACUUCCUUUUCUUUAACUGCCAUGGCAACAGUGCUACUUUCUGAAACCAUGGGUUAAUCUUCUGGUGAGUUCUUUGUCCUUCAGGUGCUGCACUUGUGUUGUCCUGGGAUCAGUUACAAAGGUCUUCUGUCUUAACUUCAGUGAUGCUUUUGGAAAUUAUAUAAUGUAUCUUAUUUACGCAGCAAUACAUGUUAACACAUGUAGUUUUAUUUGACCCAUCCUUCAAUGACCAGAUGUGACCCUGGUCCUGGUCAGAAGUUUCAAGCUGGAGGAUUGUUUUAAGCCUGGUGUCCACAGCACGCAUUUUUUUCCUCAUCUUACAAGAUUGUUGACGUCACUAUAAAUGACGCGAGGAGUUGAAAAGGUACGAUAAGUCACAUGAUCAGUCUUGGCAAUGACCAAAGUUUGUCAAAGUCGAUCACCCAUAGCGUCCAGCUCCAGUCAAAUGAAGCUCAUCGAGGGUAGCAGUUAUUGGGGAAAGUUCCAUAUUUGGAAUUCCGGCUCCGAGUAUCAUAGCAACCAAAGAGCCGACCUGGAGCGAGGCCGUUGAAGGUAAAACCCCUUCCCUCCUGCACCGCUGUUUUAGCAGGGGGUGUCAAGUCAAACUUGUUGCUAAUCCUAGUGUUAGUGACCUCAGGGAAAGAAGGCAGCUGAUUUGUCUGUUAUUAAUGUUCAUAUCUUGAGUUACGGACAAAAUAACAACAUAAAAAUACAAACAAAAAAGACCAAAAUGACUAGUCUAAUAGGAGCAGUUAUAGAAAGAUGGGCGACAGUUUUCUAAUGUAAAGUGAAUUGGAGCCAGAGUUGAUGGCGUCCGAAGCGCGCCCAUGAUCACUUCAAGUUCAAGUAGCAAGUUAGCUAUGUCCAUUUAUUUAUACAGUGUAUGGUGCCAACGUCUUUGUGAUUGUACAGGUUAGCUGAAGCCAGCGCUACAUGCUAGUGGUGUUGCUGCAUUUGUAAAAGUGAGGAAAUGAAAGGUUAAAGGGGAGAACCUGUCCCCGUCCUGGUCACAAAGAUUGUUCACAGAUGCAGUGAGAGGAGGGCCCACUCUGCACCAAGACUCCACAAUAUCAGACAGUUUGAUCACAGAGGCAGCUUGCCUUUGGUCGGACGACGGGUCUAAGUUUGAUCUUUGUCCCGGUCUCUCUCUGACACCAAACACCCGCUAUUUUUAGCUAUGACUCAAGAUUCUCCUCAGAAAUCUUUCAUUGCAAAUGGACUCGUGUAGUGGACACCAGCUUUAUCUUGAAGCCGCUGUGCAGUCCUUAAGCAAAAUGGCUUCCUCUGACGUGUGGUCAGUUUUUGAUUCUACCUUUUAGUUCCCAGGACGUUGUUUGUGCAGCAUAUCUCCAUCACAGCCUUCGAUCACAAAUGCAUUUAAUCAUUUCAUUUACAUCUGUUCAAAUGGACUUUUUCUUUUAUUGUGCAGCGGCAGCUACUUUUCUAUGAGUGCUCCACAACUUCACAAACUGCCUCUACGAGAUUGAAUGUGUAACUUAAAGUUUAAAACUCCCAUGUUCUGCUAAACUACCUUUGCUUAGGUUUUAGCCCUGUUCUAAUGUCAUCAAAUGUUCUGCAGUGGGGCUUUAACCCUGUUCUAGUGUAGUAUCCUCAUCAGAAACAUCUCUGCUGUUGUGCCAUUUCAUUCUCGCAUGUUUCAGUAAUCCCGCACAUUUAGCCUGUCUCCCUCAGCUCUCUGUUACACCUGGUGAUGUCAUCAGGUGGUCAUCCAGAAAUGGCCCUUUGGGUUUUUAAAGUCCAUUCACCUUCACCAGACUCAUUCUGGUCACUUUUUGUGACAUUACUUUAAAGGUCCUAUAUUGCACAAAAUUGACUCUGGUGAGCUUUAACUCAUGUUAUACUGUCGUUAUCUCCUCAAAAACAUACCUGGAUGUGUGUUUUGUUUCACAUUCACAUUUUUGAGUAACCCUUUAUUUACUUAUUAGUCUCAAAGACCAAAAUGUCCGUCCGUCUCUCCUUGUGAUAUCAUGAAGUGGUUUUCAAGUUAACAGCUCCUUUUACCUCACAUAGUUCAGUAAAGAUUGGCAAUUCCAGGGCUGAAAUGAUUCAAAUGAUUCUAGUAAAGCUGUAUGGAGCUUAAAAACACAGUGGAGCACUUUCUGUAUUACCAUGACAUCACAAGGUGGAACAGGGUGUUUUCAGUUUGAGAGGAGAACUCGGCCUAAAUAUGCAGGGUUUCUGUAUUAAACAUGUGUAAAUGAAACAAAACAUAACUCCAGGUCUGUUUGAGGAAACAUAACAUAGAUCAGAGAAUUACAUAAUCUAGGACUUUGUAAAUGCUAGCAGCUACUGAUUUUAACUGCUUAAUUUCCCAAUACCUUGACUUUCUGCAAACAUGGGUCCCACUAUUUUAAGUUUAGUAAUGUAAAUUUAAUAAUGUAAAUAUAGCUGUAUGUAAGCAUAAUAUGGGAGUUUUAAUAUUCGAUGCAGCUCAUGUGUGUAAAGUUUGUACAAAUCAAAGAGGAGCCAUUUUGUCAUUUAGAACAUUUACAGUUUGCAUUAAAGUUAUGUGUAAAUACUACGCCUUCGCUUCGCUGUCGAGCCUUAAAAUACUUUUCAAAGGUUGUGUUUUUUUUUUUGUUUUUUUUAAACAAGUGAAGGCAAAAACGACGCACAAAACAUGAGCAAUUUUAUAAAGGAAUCCACAUACAAACAAUGCAAUAAUGAACUGAAGAGUGAAAUCUGUAAAUAUGUGUAGCUCCAGUGGAGGGGGGGGGGGUAUUUGGCAACCUGCUUUGGAGUAGUGGUGGUAGUAAUAGUAGUGGUUUUGUUUCGAUCCGAUACCUUUUAACGCUAUGGCAAGUAUUGUAUUAUCGAUCCUAUGAAGCUCCACUUCCAAGUCCGCUCUUGUUCCAGAGGUAAAAUUUCCAUUAAGUUUUCUCAUAGACGUUUCGGAAAAGGCAUCGCUGUGGCUGUGUGCUAACUAAUAUCUGUAAUGUGGUUGUUUUAAGUUCAAAAAACAAUUUAUAAACCACUGAAUUAAAACAUUUAGCCAAAUCUUGUUUUAAAGUUUCAAACUGAUUUUAAAUGAGGUCUUGUGGUGGUUAAUCUUCAUAAUGCAUUUUACUGGAAGUCCAUGGGAAAAAUUAAUGGGAAGUAUGGAUUAGAUUUGGAAACAUUAGAUUAAAAACAGUGUUUUUUGUAGAAUUUUAAGCAUCAGUAUUUUUAAAAAUCAAUACUUUUCAAUGCCUCUUCAGCCUCACUGCUACUACCACUAUUGCUACUAAUACCACCACUAUUACCAUUACUAUUACUAUUAAUACUACCAGCUGCUGCUAAGUGCAUGAGUUAAAAUCACUUAAAUUUAAAACCUUUUGAGUAGUUUUGAUCAGUAUUUAUUUUAGAUUAUUCUCACUCUUUUCAGUUUUUAAGCUAAAUUCUCGGCCAGUGGAGUCAGAAAAGAGUAAAAACUAAUCUGUACCAAUUGUUGCUACAUCUUGAAAUUUUUAAAUUCUAUUAAAUUUAACUUCAAAACUGCUCAAAUCAAGAAAUACUUAAAAUUCCAGUCUUAUAUUGAUACUUAGCAGUGAUGUCACUUUGAGGGGUGUUCUACAUGCAUCUCUGUGACAGAAUGUUCAGCAGUUACCAUGGUGACACAUUGCACAUAUUGGCAAACACAGCCUGAUAGGUUUUAAUAAAAGAUGAAAACUCAAAAAUAAAAAUGCCAAAAUUGAUUUACAGAGCUCAUUUUCAGGGGCGUGUGAUCAAUCUUAGCAUUCAUGGUCCUGUUUAGGAGUUUGAUUUUUCAACAAAAAUGUGACAAUGACUUGGCUAAUGUUAGCUAGCUUGCGACUGUAAUGUUAUGUGUGAGAGACUUGGAUACUGCUCGCCUGUUGUAGUUCCUGCUAAGUCAGUUGUUUUUGAUCAGACUUUAACGUGAGCUUUGUUUUAACAUAAUCUAACAAAGCUUCAGACAGAGUAGUGCCUUUGGUUAGCAUCACACCCCAAGGAAAUGUUGGUGACAUCAGCUGCAAAGUAUCAAUGUAUAUGCAGAUAUUAUUUUGUGUUGUCAUGAUCCCCCCUCUCCCCUCAAAAAACACACAUGUCACUGCCAAGCCUUCUCAUAAUACAGAUAUACGUGUAUUUUGUACUGUUUAAGUUAUUUAUUGUAGUUUACGUCAUAUUUGGGCCACACCGAGGAAGAAAGUCCAGACAUUUUGAGAUUUUCAGCUGUUUGUUUUGAAAUAGUGUUUGUAGCAGAGUUAAAUUUGUUCCAUUGACCUUGACAGAUGUGAUUGUCUCCUGUGUGCUCCUCCUCGAUGUGGCCCUUACAAAAUGGCGAUUUUGUUGUGUAAAUGUUCAUAAUUUUCAAGCGACGCGUUGGAUGGGUAUUGUAAAUGAAAGUAUAGCCUGGAUUUUAAAAUGUUUGUCUAGUUUUUACAGUCAAAUAAAUAUAACGUCGUAUUCAACCUGAAAAAAAGCGUUGAUUUGUUUUGUUCUUUUGACCUCCACAAACCCACAGUGACC